AUGCAUACGAUCAGUUUGAUGUUACUCGUACUACAGCUCGUUUUCGCGUUCGCGUCCGUUGUAUCGGCCGACCACGACGCAGAUUGGUUUCGAAGCACAAACUCUGGGAGACACAACAGUUUAGAUUUGUCAAAAGGACUCGAAGACCAAGUUGCCGCGACCACGUGUCUAUCUGAUUCUUUCGUCCGUGUGAAUGGACGUCGCUUCGAAGUAGGUGGUGAGGAGUUCAUCUUUGCGGGGUGGAACCAGUGGGAAAUGAUGGAGCAAGCUACGGGCGCUGGACCGCCGGCGCGACAUACUCCCCUGAGCGGACGAGAGCACAUCGUACGAUUGUUAAACGAGGGCGUUAAGACUGGCUUGAAGGUCAUUCGAGUUUGGGCGCAUCUUAUCACACCAGGUCAAGAAGUUCAAAGCGAACCGGGUGUUUGGAACGAGGAACGACUGCGAGGUCUCGAUUUCUUCAUCGAUGAGGCUCGCAAGCGUCGCCUUCGGUUGGUGAUAGUCCUGGCUGACAACUGGUACGUGAGCGGUGGCGUGGAUAAUUACGUGAAGUGGUCUGGUUCGGCACAGACGCACCAGGACUUUUUCAUCGAUUCUGGUGCCAAAAGAAUCUUCAAGGACAUGAUCUCGACAAUCACAAAUCGACAAAACACCAUCACGGGUAUUCGUUACGCGGAUGAUCCAACUAUCAUGUCGUAUAAUCUCAUCAACGAAGCACGCUGUCAAAAUUGUCCAGCGGAGACGAUGGGAAGGUGGAUUGACGAAAUGGCUCGAUUUCUAAAAUUGAACGCCCCGAAUCAGCUGGUUGGUCUAGGUUACGAAGGCUUUUUUCAUGAGAGUGAUCCAGAAGAUUUGCGAGCGACAAAUCCUGGCGUCGGCUCGAAUUGGGCGGCGAAAGAGGGCCAGUCGUGGCUCCGUCACUCUAGACUCAAGAGCAUCGAUUACACAUCAAUUCACGUGUGGCCCGAUAAUUGGUCGCCGAAAACAGUCGAGUUCAUGAAGUCCUUCAUAAGGUCGCGAAUCGAUCUAGCGCAGUCCGUCGGCAAGCCUUUCGUUCUGGAGGAGUUCGGUAAAAAGGUCGAUCGUUCCGCCGGCGAAGCAGGCUUCGUCGAGCGCGAUCAAUACUUUUCUGCUGCCUUCGAAAUCGCCGAGCGAGCGGCUCGAGACGGCGAGCUCUCUGGAACAAUUUUCUGGCACUGGUACGACAGAGGCAUCGGCUUGACGUCGAGAUACGGAAUUCACAGUGAUGAGACGACGUUCGAAUUAGUGAAGCGACACGCCAAACGAAUGAACAUCAUCGGGAACGUGCGUGACUUUUGUUCCUACGCCUAG